AUGUGCAUACUCCAUAGAAAAAAACACCAAAAAAAGGAGGGGGUGAGGAGGAGUUGGAGGAGCAGGAGGAGGAGGAUUGGAGCGCAGGGGAGUUUGGAGGUUAUUAUGGCGCUGAAUUAUCCGUCGUGCUCAUUCUUGGUGAGCGACGAGUGCUCUGCCCUGAUGCGAGGGUGUGGAUGCUGGUCGGAGGAGGCCUCGCCCCUCUCGUCCCCAGGGGUCAACUCCAGGCGCUGGGAUGAUUUCGAGCCCGAUCCUGCGGAUCUAUUGCCCGUGGAUCCCUUCGGGAUGAACUUGGGGAACACCAUCACUGCAGCCAUCGCCAGUUGCCUCGACCGCACGGUCAUGUCUGGUGCAGGGCGUUUUGGAAGCAGUGACGGUGGCGCGGCCGACUUGAGUUUUUACCUGAAUCAUGCUAUUGCCGUCUCCCGGGGGCCAUCUUGCCUCCCGGGUGGCUUUGGGCGUGCUUUUGAGGGGCCCUUUGUGUUUGGAGGCCUUUAUGAGGCCGGAGGCGCCAACUGCUCUCAAGGGUUGCCUCCCCUUGUGUCCUGCUCAGGCUCAAUUGUACCUGGAGAGGAUCCAUCUACUUCUGGCAGUGCUGCAUUGUUGUGCCGUGAAGGAGUUGAUGCCGUGGGAGCGUCCUGCUCACGCCCAAUUGUACCUGGAGAGGAUCCAUCUACUUCUGGCAGUGCUGCAUUGUUGUGCUGUGAAGGAGUUGAAGCCGUGGGAGCGUCCUGCUCACGCCCAAUUGUACCUGGAGAGGAUCCAUCUACUUCUGGCAGUGCUGCAUUGUUGUGCCGUGAAGGAGUUGAUGCCGUGGCAGCGUCCUGCUCACGCCCAAUUGUACCUGGAGAGGAUCCAUCUACUUCUGGCAGUGCUGCAUUGGUGUGCUGUGAUGGAGUUGAUGCCGUGGGAGCGUCAUGCUCACGGCCAAUUGUACCCGGAGAGGAUCCAUCUCCUUCUGGCAGUGCUGCAUUGGUGUGCUGUGAUGGAGUUGAUGAUGUGGGAAGUGCACCACAUGACGGGAUGAUGUAUGCUCUUGCCUAUCUUGGGCUUCGUGACAUCCUAGCUACAGAGAUGGUGUGCAAGUCUUUGCAUUCAUGGAUCCGCAGCGAGUUAUUGUGGAAGUGUAUCCACAUUGAACCGGUAUUGAGCGGGAAGAUCUCUGAUCCUGAUCUUCUAUUUCUGACACAGAAGAUUCCAGGUGAUUUGCAGUGUCUAAAUAUAAAUGACUGCAUAAAUAUCACCGACAAUGGUUUGAAUGCUGUUCUCCAAAGCAAUCCGACGUUAACAAAGUUGAGUAUUGCGCGCUGCCCGCGGUUAACUUUGGAUGGCCUUAUUGCCAAUCUAAAGUCAUUUAAUAUGAAAGCAGUGUCGGGUAUUAAGAGCCUCAGAAUUGACAAAAACUUCAAUUUACCAGAAGAGGAUUAUGAGGAGUUAUUAUCCUUGUUGAGCAUCGACAAGAGACAGGAGUUGCACAACCGGGCUCCGCGAUUCCGUCAUUCUAAUCAUUUUUUAUUAGAUUGCAAUGACGGAUAUGCUCUUGAUAUUGAGAUGUGCCCCAUCUGUCAAAGUUACAAACUUGUUUUUGACUGCCCUGAAGUGGAGUGCAGUGACAAGAGAUCUGGCAAGUGCCGAGCAUGUGAGGUUUGCAUCAAGAGAUGCCGGCAGUGUGGAAGGUGCUUAGAACGAAAUGAGAAGUUUGAAGAGAAAUUUGAUCUGGUCUACCUUUGCUACAAGUGUCGAGGCGAUCCGGCUUCACCAUCUCUCGGUGUGGAAAAGGAUCUGGUCUCUAUUUUAUCCAGUGGAAGAAUAGCUUCUCCUUGA